CGCCUAGCCUAUGUGGCGCAUAUUCAACAUGGCGGACUCGGAAGACGCGGUACCGAUGAUCGAUGGCAAGUCUAUCGACAGUUUACGGGUCGUCGACCUCAAACAAGAGCUCAAAAAGCGAGGCUUAUCAAUAAGUGGCAGUAAGAGUGUUCUGGUGGAAAGACUGACAGCGCAAAUGUACCUUGAGCGCCUGCAGCAAGAGAGCGUGGAGGAUGGUGCCACAAAAAAACAGAUUGUAGAUGAAUCAGUGGCAUCUAAUUCCUUCAUCCAGCAGUAUCUGCAACAGCAACAGGAACUUCUCAGGCAGGGGCAGACUGAUAAAGAACAUGAACAAGAAGAAGAAAGGAAAAACUGCCCCGAAGUGCCGGCAGCCCUCGCAGACCAAGUGGAAGAGCUUCAUCAGUCACUCUCCCGGGCACAGUCUCAAGAAGAUGAUGCUCCUGAAACAGAGAAGCCCCAACCGGAAGAAUCUCCUGCAGCUGAGUCAAGUAAUGAGUUGGCAGCAGCAGAUUCUACCCAGGAGCCGCCGACAGUGGAAGAGCAGAAGACAGGAAAGGAAGCUGGGAAGGAGAUGGAGGAAGUAAAGGUGAAGGAGGGUAAGGAGGUUGAAGCAGAACCGGAGAAAAGUGAGGCUGCCAGAGAGCAGAGCAAAGAGGUUCAUGAAGAUGCUCCACAACAAGAGCAGGAUAUCCAAGAGCAGGUUAUCCAAGAGCAAGAGAAGGAUGACAAGGAAGGGAAGGGAGUGGGGAACGAGGUAGAUACCAGUAGGCCAUCAGAAGACCAAUCUGGGGAGACCGGCUCUCAACAGGAAGACCUCUCAAAAACUUCCGAAGAAACGGUUGGAGAGACAAAGAAGUCAGAGGAUGGUGGAGAUGUGAAGGCAUCCGCGCCUGAGCCAGACCAGGAGCCUUCUCCAGAGCCUGUGGCUGCUCCCAAGAGAGGCCGACGUUGGUCCUCAAAGUCAUCUGAGAAGGACGAGACUGCUGAGAGGGGAGAAGGCAGAGUGUCUCGAUCAAGCCUGAGGAGGAGUUCGAGGUCUAGGAUAUCAGAGACACAAGAAGAGGAGAAAGCUGCCAAGAAAGAUGAUGAGGUACCAGAAGAGUCUGCCUCUCCCAGGGCACUGGAGCAGUCAGGCAACCAAGAAGCUGUGACGGAAUCCAAAGAUGUCGACGCACAUUCUACAGAUGGAGACAAGGGCAUAGAGGAUGUACAGGGAGUCGGGAAACAAGACCAGGAGAAAACACCAACAGAGGAAAAGGUUUCAGACCAGCCAAUGGAGACAGAUGAGGGCAGUCCUGAGAAGCAAGACCGUCUUGAGGAGACCAAGCCUGGACGUCUUGAGGAGACCAAGCCUGGACGUCUUGAGGAGACCAUGCCUCGACGUCUUGAGGAGACCAUGCCUGGACGUCUUGAGGAGACCACACCUGGCCGUCUUGAGGAGACCAUGCCUGGACGUCUUGAGGAGACCAUGCCUGGCCGUCUUGAGGAGACCAAGCCUGGACGUCUUGAGGAGCCCAAGCCUGGUGAUGAGAAUGCCUCAGCAGCUGAAACGUCAACUGUCACGGAGCAGAGUUCAGAAGAGCCAACAAAAAACGAGCAAGUUCAAAACAAGGAUGAAACUGACCAAGUGGAAGAGCCAGUUGCUAUGGAGACAGAGGAAGUAGCUGAGUCUAGAAACGAUGAAAGUGCAGAUAACGUAGUAAAAGAGAAGUCAGACAUGGUCACCUCGGAGAAAAAGAUUCCAGUUGAGGAGGUUGAUAAGUCAUCCAAACCGCCACCUGUCGCUGUCAAGACUAGAAGGAUUGCCUUGGGCUCCUCCAAGGACAAGGAAGACGGUCCAUCUGACAAGACCAGCCCGGGGGUAACUCCGCCCCCAACUAGGAAGCGACGAUGGGGGACUACAAAGAACCUGACUCAGCAGACCAAGAAGCUGAAUGUGAACAUCAGCACUGAUAUGCUCAAGGAGAUGAUGCCUGAGAUGAAACAGACUUCCAUUGACAGUGUCACCAUGGAAACAGAUGACAAACGCUCAUCUUCAUCAGAGAGCUCAGACGAGGAUGAUGGGGAACCAGCACCCAAGCGCAAGGAGCCCACUAUCACCCGCACCAUCACCCAGGUAGUGGCUCAGGAGGAAUUGGAUGGGAGUGAGGGAUCAUCUGAUGAAGAGGGACAGGCAGAGAGACAAAGCAAAGAGGAAAAUGGAAAGGCGGAUUCGAGCGGCGAUGAAGGGGAUGAAAAGGCAAACAAGUCCAGCGGGGAGGACAAUGAUAGCAGUGACAGCGACGGUGACAGUGACCCUGGUGAAGACACCCAGAAGGCGUCUGAUGGGGAGAAAGAGGAUGGCAAGACUGAUGAAGAGAGGAGAGAUGAGAAGGAAGAACGGGAGAGACUGGCCAAGGAGAAGGCAGCUAGGAGGGAAGAGAGAGAAGCUGCCAAGCAGAAAGCCAAGAUGGAGAGAGCAAAGGAGAAAGAAGAAAAGGCACAAGAAACUCUGCGUGCUAAGAAGACCAAACUUCGGGAGGUCGUACGUACCUCUAUCGAUGAUCCGAUCCGUGUGGAUGGCAGGCCAAGCAAGCCCAGCCCCUCUCGUAAACCUGAGAGUAACAUAGUCCAUGUGAUGAACCUGGUCCGGCCGUACACUUUGAAUCAACUCAAGGAGCUCCUGGGCCGCUCCGGCUCGCUUCAAGCCCAGGAUGGCUUCUGGAUUGAUAACAUCAAAUCCCACUGCUUUGCUGUGUUCAACACAGUGGAGGAGGCAGGUGCCUGUAGGGACAGCUUGCAUGGCACCAAAUGGCCCAGCAGUAACCCCAAGACACUCCGUGUGGACUUUGCAACCAUAGAAGAGAUGGAUAGACACACAGGUAGAAGCAUCCCUAAACCUGAGCCCAAGCCAGAACCGUCCCCAGCAGAGCGACCCAAGCGAGAACGCCGGGCAUCAGAGAAAGAAAGGGAGGGGCCAGACAAGGACAGAGGGGGAGACAGAGCCAGGGAGAGGGAGCGAGACAGACAGGGGCGACCCCCGAUGAGAGAAUGGGACAGGGACAGGGAGCGAAGUUUGUCUAGAGAGAGGCGGAGACGCGAACGCGAGAAACGACAAGCUGAACAGAAAGCUAAAGAAGAAGCAGAAGAGCCUCCCGCUAAGCUCCUAGAUGACCUGUUUAGGAAGACCAAGUCCACACCGUGCAUCUACUGGCUGCCCUUGACUGAGGAACAGAUUGAACAGAAAGUCCAGGAGAAGAAAGCACGGGUCCUGGAUCGGGAAGAGAGACGGAAGAAGAUGGAGGUAGAGGAGAAAGAAAGAGAACAGGCAGCCAAGGCUGAGGAACAACAGCAGAAGCAGCAGCAGCGGAGUGGUGGAGGGCGACGUCGCAGUCGCAGCCGCUCACGUAGCAGGGGACGCAGACGCUAGGGUGUGAUGUCUGUGCUGUAAGGAAUCUAACUGCUGCAGCAGCGGUGGUGGUGUGUAAGUAUGUGCUUGGUGGUCCAAAAGUCACUUUGUUGUGUCUUGUUUGUGUGUUUGUGCUCCCAGUCUAGCCUUGCAAUAUUUUACUUGACAAUGUUCUAUUUUUGCAGUUUAUGUUGAUUGUGACUUAGUUCUGCGUGGUUUGCUAAAUCCUGUAGUUUUUAGUGGGAAAUUAAUCUGCAGUAUGAUUUGGGUAUUUUUUAAUGUUUCUUUUUAUAAUGUGCCAUAUUCUUUCUUUAAACAUGUGCAGCUUUUUCCUUUUUUGCACUAAAAACAAAACAAAAAAAGCUACUAAUUGUAAAUGCUUGGAUGUACUUCUGCUUCCGUCACACUCACAGUAUGCCACUCAUACUCAUGCUAACAUUGUUCUUUAUUUUCAUAGUCCGGUUCUAGCAAUAACAAAGCUUUCAGUUACCAUUGGGAUUUUGUGCUCUUUAACUUGAUGUGACCCAAACUGCAAAGAGAUAUCAUCCUGAGCAUGAAGGGUUGGGCUGGUUUUUUUUGGUAGUUGGAGAAAAAAACCUUGGGUAAGAGUAGGUUUUUCGUACAUCUUCGCUUGCAAAUAUCAUUUUGAAUAUGUUUUCAAGUAAUGGUGGCAAGAUAUCCACUGAAGUAUUAUGUGAAUUUCUUGAUUGACACGAAACUUACUCAGAUUUGACUGAGCUAAAGGAAGCAAUUUCAUACCAAAACAUCUUCUUGGCAAGUGUAUGGGUUGUUUGUACAAGUACCCCCUCAACGGUAAGGAGGGGAGAGUUGGGGGAGACCAUUUGGAGUGACAUCCAAACGCAUUGUCGACGCUCACGCAAUGAGGCUUUGGCUUUGUGCUCAUUCAAAGUAACAAGUUACUAAGCACCAUACAUGUGAGAACCAGUACGUGCAUGCUGUGUGUCCUGUCCAUGGGCUCUCAAAGGUGGUAUAUAAGCGCCCUCACUUGUCUGCGUACGGAUCCCAUAGUAAGUUAACUGGAGUGUAAUUGGCACUAACACCAAAUCCUGCCGUCCGUGGCAAUAAGAUAAGACAUGUCCUCCUUGCUAGUCCCUGUAAGUCUGCCCAUAUUAUAAAAGUCGUUUAUUUACCAUUUUCCAGAACCAGAUAGCUAUUCCAUCAAAAAAAUCUGUUAGGUUGAGCAUUCAGCUGCAACAAAACCCCUAUUUGGAAUUCCAAUUUUUGAUUGCGUAAGAUGAGCUUGCUCGUAUAGAUCCAGUAAUGUUCAUUAUGCCAUGCUCAGUAUAGCUAUGAUGCUGCAAACACUUAACUAGAUUAGCAAUGUGCAUGUGUUCUACCAUGUCUUAGAUUCUUUCUUCCAUGGCUUUUGUCCCACACGUUUUUCUUUCAUCUGUGUUGUGCAUAUGAUCACCUGUCAGUAAAAGCUUUGCAUCUUUUCCUAGUAUGUGCAGUCUUUCCUUUUUUUUCCAAAAAGCAAGAAAAUCAUGCAUUUUUGAGGUACAGAUUUCUUUGCGUGACUUUUGGAUCACCAAGUCCUGCCGUGUUUUUAGAAUGUAUUCUUUUCUUUUGUACAGAUUUUUCAAUUUUUAAUUGCGUACUGUGCUUGGAAUUAUAUUCUUUUUCCUGUAUUGGUUUGUAAGGACUUGUUUGGUAUGUAAGGACUUUUGAUUUCACUGUUUAAGGUAGAUCAUCUGACUGACUAUCUAAUCAUCAUCAUCUAGAAAUGAAGCUGGGGUAGGUUUGUUAGCUUAGCCUUUUUCCUGCCUUGAUGAAAUUCAAAAAGCUGCACAGAUUUGGUGCUGUAUAUACUAUGUACAGACAUCCAUUGCUGUUCUAAUCAAGGAGGAAACUAUUGCUCAUAGAGGUUUGUAAAUGAAUAGACAAGGCAAUGUUUUGAAUGUGUGAUAACUGGUUAUCACGUGCAAGUUACGUACAUGUAUAUGGCGUGACAUUUCAUCGGUAGAGAACAAAUGUUCAGGGAUUAAGAUCCUUAAUAUUUACAUCUUUUCAUCAUCGGUUUCUCCUCAUUGCUGCUGGACCAAAUCAUCAUUGACUAGAAAUCCAACUUGCCAGUACAGAUGAUGUUUCAACAACCCAUGUUGUUUACAAUUGCGAUUGACUGUUGAUUAGUUUUAUGAUGUUAAAAUAUCUGAAUUGUUGGAAUCAUCUGAGCUCAUGAAUAAAGACGAAUGAAUGUCAAAUUUGUCAUUAAAUGCUGGAAAUCUCUUCAGUAAAUCAGAUUGUUGUUAGGGGGAGAAAAAGGGACGAUUAGGAUAUUGUUAGCUGUAAAUGAGAAGCAAAGUUUGGUACUGGACUAUUUUACAACAAAAAUUAUGCUAGUGAAAUUUACGGUGAAUUCUUUUUGUCAGCUGUCCUAAAUGAUUGGAAAAUUGUAUAAAAUAUGCUCUUGUUCUUGUAUUUUUUAGCUUAACAGAGUUGUUUUUUAUUUUAGUAGAACUUUCGAAAUAAAGAACAUGAUCGGUAUUAACAGAGGAGACCGAA